CAACUGCGCAAGUGUCAAAUAUGUUUAAGUUUACAGUAGCGAUCCCUAGAUAACGAUAGCAUUUUAUCGAUCUUUAAAAAAUAACUGUCUACGGGCCUGAAGAAUGCACAAAAUGACAAUUACAAUAAUAAACACCGAAGCAGGUUAAAAAAUUGAAAGAUUGUUAGGUUAUUCCUCGGAUCCGUGGCGCUGUCUGCUACAGAAACGUGACAAGUGACAUUCGUUUCGAUUCCAUAACAUGGCGUUUACUUUGUGGUCAAUGUUCGAAGCAACGUUGCUUGUUUUGAACGCCGUUUGCGUUUUAAACGAAGACAGGUUUCUCGCCAAAGUUGGUUGGGCAUCUUGGCAAAAUGUUCAAGGCUUUGGAGAACCUCCAACGAUGAAAUCACAAAUGUUGAACCUAGUCAGGUCUAUACGAACAGUCGCACGAGUGCCGCUGAUAUUCCUGAAUAUAUUAGUGAUUAUUAUGAAACUGGUGCUUGGGUGAUAUACAUUGUGAAUAAAAGGACAAUAAUCCGUGUAAAGUCAAAACUCUCGGUAUUGUACAUAAACACAAUUAUUAAAUUCCAUUAUUUUUAUCUUUACAAUGAAAUGAUGUUUUUCAUAUUCAUUAUGCAUAUGUUAUGCAUAUGUUAAGAAUGCAUACAAUCGGCAGUCUACUAAUCACAGUCUAUAAUGGCUUCCUAAAUAUUUAUUAAACUCUUGCCAUACCAUUUCAUUUGGGACUACCCAAAAAGAAUUGAAACUCAUAUCCAUUCUCAUUUCGUAAAUCAUUUAAUUAACGUUUGACUUUCGAACAUAGAGAAAUUUGUAACCAUUUACAUCACAAAUUAGUCGAUAGUCGGUCAGUAAUUUUCGUUCGGCAUUAUGAAAGACGCAGGUGAUUCGAAACUCGUCUUGCUCUUUACGUGUUUACGAACGAUCCAAUGCCGUGCAUGGGAAGUAAACGAUUUUCCCGUAACUUUCUCCCCUUCCUAACUUUCUCAGGGUAGAAGCAUCCUCGCGUAAUCAAUGAACGUACCGUAGUAGUACGUCCGUAUUUUGCAUAAAAUUUUCAGAAGGUUCAUUAAAAAAAGAAAAGAAUUCACGGACAUGCACUUUUCGUAGGUUUCCUCCCUUAAGUAAAUAAAUAAAUAAAUUUCAAGCAGUCCAAAACAAAAGAU